UUGUCUCCUCCUGCAUCACAAAAUCUAAAGAAGGGAGAAGCUGCGGACAGCAGGGAGGCGGCUGAUAACAGAGAGCAGUAGAGCAGCUGUAGACCUAGAGAAGAUCAGGGUGUGAUGAGGAUGAGGAGGCCGCAGCACGUCCUCAGGGAGCAAAAGAAGAAGAAGCUGAAAGAGAAAAGACACAAAAGAAGAAGAACGAGGAGGACGGGGAGGAGCGGACCCCAGGAAAAGAGGGGACACACUGACCUGUACAGACAGAAGACUUUGACCAUGAAGCGAGUGGUCGCGAUCUUCUCCCGGGACGGUGACACCAAUUACAGGUUUCUCAGUGACUUCCUGAAGGCUGAAGGUUUAGAGGUGAGAAGCUGCAUCAUAACCAAUAAUGGCCAAAAGAGGUUCAGAGAAGAAGCGUCCACCUGUCACUUUGCCAUCCUCUACCAUACAAAGAACAGGGGAAGACUGAAUAUCACCGACGUGACCGACUCCCUGUACGACGAGGAGAUCACAGAACUGAACACAACGUUAGGGAAGAAGAAUGUGGUUGUGGUGGUCGAUGACCUGGACUGCAGCUCCUCAGAGAAGAAGAUGGAGAUCCUCGCGGGUCAGCCUUCUAUACUCAACAUGGCCGCCCAACUCUUCCUUGUCAGCAAAGCAGAUAAAAUUUCUGAGGCCCUUUUGAACGAGAAGCUGCAGCAAUUAUUACCUCACAUCAUGAAGAAAGUUUCAGAGACAAGUGAGAAGAAUGUGAGCAAAUCUGAGCCAAAUACCAUCAUCAUAUGGUCCAGAAAGAUAAUUCAUGGAACCUUAGAGCUCCUCAAUAAAGCCAUCAAUUAUCUCCCGAUACCAUCGUGGUGCAAGCAAUUCAUCUGUGAUAAGAUACGUUGGUGGGUUAUGGGAACAAGGAACAAUAUGAAAACACAAUGACCCUGGACCCUGCUCCCAACUCCACCACCGGUCCCUGCCCCUGACUCGACAGGACCCUGCGCCAUCUCCAUCCAUCGGUCUCCACAGUCACUAUUAAUGUCCAUAGAGAAAGAAGAAUAAAAUGUUAUCACUUGAGUUUUUUUUGUAAAAUGUCUGAAAAUAAAUAAAUAUUUUGAAAUAAAAAGAGA